AAAACAUGGCAGUAACAAAAAAACUCUGGAAAUAAUCGCCUUUGCAUUUCAUUAUAAUUAUAUACAUUUAUCAAUCAGUGGAAAUUGUUCGUCUUGUUUGCCGGUCAAAGUAUCAUAAUCAUCAUCAUCAUCAUCAUUAUUAAAAACUACAGUGUGUAUUUGACUUUGACAGAGACAUUGACAAUGGAUAAUCAAGCACAGCCGAUUAGCGAAUUACGUGAAAAGUUUUUUAAAAAACUCGACGAAGAUGGUCCACCAGAUUCAAAUGGUUUUCAUCCCGUUGACGUAGCCAGGAUAAAAAAUCAAGACGACUGGCUAAGCCGUUUUUUGGAGCACAAUGAUUUUCGUUUGGAUGAAUCCUUGAAAAUGUUGUGGGACACUUGUGAAUGGAGAAGAAAAUUUGGCACAAACGAUAUUACGUUAGACAAUAUAAGAAGAGAUUAUUUAGAAGACGGUGUUUGUUACAGUUAUGGUCACGAUAAAGAUGGAAAAAAAUUAUUCAUAGUAAAAUCUAAAUUACACACAAAAGGAUCAAGAGAUUUUUCAGAACUUCAAAGAUGCGUUGUUUAUUGGUUCGAAAGAUUAGAAAGAGAAGGAAACGGUAGUCAAAUAUCAAUAUUUUUUGAUAUGGCGGAGGCGGGUCUUUCGAAUUUGGACAUGGAAUUUACAAAAUAUCUUAUAGGCCUUUUCAAAUGUUAUUAUCCACACUUUUUGAAUUUAAUAAUCAUCUAUGAAAUGCCCUGGGUGUUAAAUGCGGCGUUUAAUAUUAUAAAAUCCUGGCUACCAGCUAAGGCAGUUCCAAAGAUAAAAUUCGUGAAAAAAUCAAAUAUCAAGGAAUAUGUUGAUUUAAACGUUGCCCUAAAAUCAUGGGGUGGAAAGAGUGAAUAUAGUUUUAAAUUUAUUCCCGAGGAUCAAGUUAAUGGCGCCGUGACUAAUGGAAAAGUCGACAAUAACAAAAAGGUUCAUUUCGCCGAAAAUUCUCCCAUGACUGAGCAGCCAACGAGUGGUUUUGGAGAUCAGACGAAAAAUGAAGAAAAGAUGAUAUCAAUUGAGCCAGAUGUCCUGGUAUUCAACAAAGAGGGAAAUGAAGUCGUAGGAACAAUUACUUUGAAAAAUAUUACUUCCGAUAAAUGUUUAUCUUACAAGAUAAAAACAACAUCGCCAGAAAAAUUCCGAGUACGACCAAGUACUGGGAUUCUAAUGUCUUCACAACAAUGUGUAAUCACCGUUGUCUUGCAACCUGGUUUUAAUUUACGAGGACUAUUACACAAUGAUAGAUUUCUCGUUAUGUGCCUUCCCAUGAAAGAUACCCAGAUGACGACUCAAGAAUUGGCAGAAUUUUGGAAGACUGUUGGAAAAGGAGCGGAACAACAUCGGCUAGUUUGCCGCGAAGGAAGUUACGAUAAUGUCGAAAUUCUGAAAUCAAAUUCCAAUUAUUCAAUAUCAAGUUCUUCGGUCAGUGAUCGUUCCCUCGAGGGACUCUUUUCGAAGAUAUUAAGACCACAUAGUUUAUUAACAAAUUUCGUUAUGGAUGAUACAUCGGCGAAUUCCUGUGACGAUGUUUUUGUCUAUAUAGCGGAUACUACUGCAGCUGGUAUGCUCGUAUUGGAUGGUACUUCUGAUAGAAGUUGGAGAGUCACUCAUUCUUCCAUGUUUCCUAAUCCUGAUUCUAUGACUUAUCGGAUUGGAGAAGACAUUUUCGAACUGCCAGACGGAAUUAUUGGAUUGGGAUUUUCGGCAAAUUUAGGAACAGUUUAUUUCAACCCACUCGCUUCUGAUCGUUUAUUUAGUGUACCAACAUCGGCGCUUCAAGCUGGCACUCCACCUUUCGGAGAACAACUUCCAGUUAGUUUUAUUGGAAGAAAAUCCAGUCAAGGUCCGGCAUUGACCGUCGACACGAAAGAUGAUUCAAUUAUUUUUUCUCCACUUACCGAAACUGCAAUUGCUGCUUGGCAUCCUAUGUCAAACAAUCAAAGGAUACUCGCCUACAAUCCAGAACAAUUGCAAUUCGUCGCUGAACUGAAAUUCAUCGACAGAGAUAGAGGAAAUCUUUGGAUGCUCUCGACAAAAUUCCAAAAGUUUUUCCUGAGGAAAGUUGACGCGAGACAAAGUAAUAUUCGAAUAAUGAGAUUGCGACCACAAUUGCAUACAUCUCAUAAUGGACAAUACGAUUUUCCAAAUGUUAUUUACAAUAACAAUACAUAUGGACACAAAAUUUAACAUUUUGUUUCAUAUCUACAAUUAUCAUAUAGUAAUUUAUCGAAAUAAUUACUAUUAUUAAUGAAUUACCUAGUAAUUCUUCAAGUCUAAAUUUUCAAACUCUUCAUGAUUUGUCAGUAAAAAAUAUUAAUUGAAAAAAAAUUAACUGCAAAAAGAUAAUUA